AUGAGUUUAAAAGAAUUAGUCGAUGAAUUUGAGAUCUUGGUCAACGAGAAUCCAUACGCGCCGGAAAAUUACGACAAAAUAUUGAGUAGGCUUCAGGUCAUUCCUGACACCGCCCUACUAAUCAACAAAAUCUACAAGGAAAAAACAAAGUACUUUAGACUACGUCAAUCAGAGUUGAACAACUGGUUAUUUGAGAUACGUGCUAUUGAAGAUAUCCAAGAGCGGUCGAGAUUGGAAUAUGCAUUUUAUGAAACAAUAAUUGAUGAUUAUCCAACAGUUCCUAUAAUGACUGCAAUGUUGGAGUUGGCUAAUCAACUACUAUCUAAUGAACAGAUUACUGAUGAUGAAUACGGAGCAAUCGUUUCAAAGGGGCUUCACCUUUGUGGAUAUGAUUUUGUCAAUGGAAACGAAAUUUGGAAAAUAAGCUUGGACUUGCUUCAACAACGUUACAUCAAAUCCAACGACGAAACUGAUUUGGAUGCGUUGAUAAAGUUGCACUUGAAGAGGUUGAGCUAUCCCCUACAGCAGUUGAACGAAUCUUUUGAGGAAUUUUCAUCCUUGAUUAGCAAAUACAAAAUAGGUGAUUAUGAUCGAUUAAUGCAGGUGGCAAACAAAGUGUACUCCGACACUAAACAAAAGUUGCCAUAUUAUGAGAAAUGCGAGAUACAAAUCAAGGAGAGACCCACAGACUGCGCUCUUUGGAUUGACUAUAUGGAGAGUGUAUUCAAAUAUCAACCAAAUCUCACUCACAUUUUAACGAUGCUUGCAAGAGCUACGCAAAGUGAAACUUCCUUCUCUAACAAGAGUCAGCAACUUUGGAUGUCUGUUAUUUAUAUGAUCUACAUGUCUGAAGAGGUACGCGAGAAUGCAUUGACUUCGUUACUAGACAAAUACCUUCGCACAUUUCCAAAUUCUUGCACCGCUUACGCAGAGAAUAUAAAAAAUUGUAUUGCUUUGGGCGAAGAUGGCAGACAGAGAUUUAUUGAAAUAGAAAACAGAAUUAGAGCUAUAGAUUUACGGAGCUCAUCCGAUUACAAUGAUUGGAAGCUUGUUGCAUUGGCUAUGAUGCAGUACAAGUAUCACAAUGAAUUGUCACAUGAAACUUUUGAAUCUCUUGACGAUUUAUUUGACACUAUGGUGACAUAUGCCAUGGACAACAAGGAUCCGUUUCAUACUGUGGAAAAGUUGGCGGUAUCACUCUACAUCUCCUUGGGUAAGUUUUCUCAUGCCACGCAAGUGAUAACGUCUAUGUUUCAAACAUUUCCGCUGGAGACAGAGGUUUGGCUCUACGGAAUUCGUUGCUUCAUUGAGCAUGACGUUGAUCAAGAAUCUAUUAGGCAAACGUUCAAGAAAGCAUUGUCACAUGCUAAAAAGCUCGAUGCUCCCGAAAAGUUGACCGAGGAAUGGUUGUUGUAUGAACAAGUGCAUGGGACUAUUGAUAGCUAUAGAAAAGCAGUCACUUUGUGCAACAAAGCGCUUAGAGAAUUCAUGGAAUCGAAAGCAAAUGAUGUACUUGCGCAGCCCAUAUUGCAUGUAGACCGCAAAAGAAGCCAUGAUAUGUCGGAGGAAUUCCUGCGCUCAAGAGAAGAGUUUGCAGUUCAGGUCAAUAACUUACCCUAUGAUGUUACCAAACAAGAUUUGAGAAAUUUCUUUUCUGGUUGUGGUGAAAUUCGAGAAAUGGAUAUAGUGGAGCUCAAUGGGGGGAAGCAAGCGGUGAUUGAGUUUACAAAUGAGCUUGAAGUAUUUUCAGCAAUGACAAGGACCCAUAAGGUACUAGGGUCAAACGAGAUCACGGUCACAAGAGUGGAGAGAACUUUAUUGUUUGUCAACAAUUAUCCAAGCUCAUUUAGCCAACAAGAUGUACGAGAAAUGUUUGCUCAGGUAGGUCCUAUUGUCAGCAUAAGGUUUCCUUCACAAUUAAGGAAUAAAAUUCGUAGGUUCUGUUACGUUCAGUAUACUAGGACUCACGAUGCUGAAAAAGCAAUUGCUUUGUACAAUGGACGGACGUACCAUGACCAAAAUCUCAAUCAGGACUUUGCCUGGGAAGUACAGUAUUCCAAACCCCAAGAACGGAAGGAUAGAACAACACCCAUUUCUGAACGCAAAAUUCGUGUUUCCAAUAUUGCUUUUUCAAUCGAUGAGGAGGAAUUGAGGAACGAGUUUUCGCAGUGUGGUGAAAUUGAUUUCAUAGCAUUGCCCAAAGCAGUUUAUGAUACAAAGAAACGUCGCAUGAAACAUAAUGGCGGUCUAGCUAUUAUUACUUACCGUGAUGCAAGUAGCGUAGAAGAUGCCUUGAAGAAAAAUGGAAUCACGUUGAAGGGAAGAAACAUCAAUGUAUCUAAACCGCAAGGGCACACAAAUUGGACCCCAGAUGACUUUGAUACUCUUAGAACUAUUGGACUAGCCAAUGUGGACCCCUCGUUGAAUACCUUCCAGCUCAAAAACUUUUUGGAGAAAACUUUUGGACAGGUUUCUAAAGUCCUCUUGCUUCCUGCUAACGGAGUGGCGUUGGUAGAAUUUGGAUCGGUCAGAGACAGUGGAAAGAUUUCGUUAGGUUACAGUACCAUUGAAAUUGACAAUUUCCAAAUUCAAGUGACUACCAAAGAAGCAAUUGUGGAAGUCUUGAAAACAAACAGAAAUGAUACCGCUGUUGAAACAAACUCUGAAGAGGUGGCCACAAGACCGAUUUUGGUACCUACAUCAAUUAAAAGACGAAGGGUUUAA